GAUUCUAUUUGAAAAUUAUUUUCAACCCUAACCCUCGUUAUCUCUCCCCUAAGUAAUUGUCUAUAGUUGAAGUCUAUAGAAAAAAUGACAAUUUUAUUUUUACUUUAAAAUUUCUUUUGAGACAAAGUAUAAGUUUGUAAAAAUGAAUAGUAAAAUAGAGACGCAUAAUAAUAAUAGGCAGACAUGUAAGAGUUUGUGGAAUAUUGAGCUGAUAGUAUUGCAAUUAAUUGGAUUAAAAUCACUUCGCGAAGCAUUUGGUAGAGAAAAAUAUCAUAGCGCUUCAUUUGGGGAAAAAUUUAUGUGCAGCUUAGGGGUAACUGUAUUUAUUAUAUAUGUUUUUUCUGGGUUCUGGACAUUACAUUUGGUGGGAUAUGAAGACAUCAGCUACGCGGCUGAGGUAAUUACGGUGAUACUAUCAGCCACUAUGUGCAUGAUAAAGGGUCUAACAUUGUCAUUUCAUCGACGUCAACUAUUUGUAAUACUUCGAGAUUUAAAUAUAUUGUGGAAAGAUGCGAGGACACGAAAAAAUUUAAGCUUUGAAAUAAAUGAAUUGAUUGAUAGUUCUAAGCCAGCGCGAUAUUGCUAUAUGUUUGCUGCAAUUUCAGUUGGCCUCAGCUACGGAUUACGUCCGUAUUAUUUAUUAAUGGGUCAUUAUCUGCAUACAAAUAACAGUACAAUAGAUUAUUCAGCGACUGUUUAUCCCUUACUGUAUCCAUUUCCUUACCAUUCAUUCAUUUCAUACAAUUUGUGCCUAAUUUAUGAGCAAUGUGUAAAUUAUUUUGCCGUUUUCUAUUGGAUUUCAUGUGACACCAUUUUUAUUCAACUUACCACACAUAUUUGUAUACACCUGCUGGUGCUGGGUGAUGACUUCAAUUUUCGGCCGCAAAAUGACAUAAAAGUUAUGAAUUACUCAAAUAGCGAAAGAGUGAUAGCUCUAAGUAAGAAACAUCGUCAUAUUUUAGGGAUGUGUAAACAAGUAGAAAAACUCUUUAAUCCAAUUGUUUUCUUUACGAUACUGUUCAAUGGAUUGGAUUUGUGCUGCUGUAUAUUUACACUAGACAAAGAAUUGUCAGAAGGACAUUGGCCAAAGUUCGCCAGAAGCGUCGCCCAUGCGAUGACGUUAUUAAUUCAAAUAAUUAUUUAUUGCAAUUUCGCCCAUCGUGCCACUGAAUUGACAAAAAAUAUUGCCGACUCAAUUUAUAAUUCCCAAUGGAUAAAUUAUGAUAAAAAAGUACAGAAACUAUUGAUGAUAACAAUGAUGCGGGCCAACAAAGAGUACAAAUUUAUGGCUUACGGUCUUCUGAACCUCGAUCGCGAACAAAUGACCAGAAUAUUCAAGACAACCGGAAGUUACAUAGCUCUAUUACGAAGUUUUUCAUAAUCAUAAUUAAAUUUGUAGUUAAUAAAUAAAAAUUUGCCAAUAAAAAAUUUUAUUACUUGUUAAUAAUUAAUAAUUAUUAUAUUUGUAAUA